AUGGGGAUCUUCCAGCUGUCUCCAGAACAAAGCAACAGUUUAGGGCAGGGCCAUGGAGGGCUGCAAACCCUACCUGAAAACACAAUAGUACUCCCUCAGGGACAAGUACAGGUUCCAUUAGGCCCGAGUGAGGGGAUACUGCUCCACACACAGCCUCAGGUUCAGAGUCAAAUGCAGCCUCAUGUUCAGCCCCAGAUGCAGACCCCUGCCCUAGUACCAGCUGGAGAUGCCUCUCAGAGUAAGGACCCACCACCAGUGCUAAAUCUUGACCAGGUGACCCAUUUGGCUUUCGCAGAGGUGUCGUCACUCCUGGACCCUAACAUGAAGGGAUCCAAGGCUCGUAAGUAUCUGAUCUCGUAUGAUGAGAUUAAACGCCGCCUGCAGGCCCCAGAAAAGAUGUCCUUGCGCUCACUAGCAGCCUAUACUCGUGUCAGCAGAGGUCCAGCCAGCAAGAAAACACUUUUUGAGUCACUCAAUGUGCUGGGCCUCACACCGAGCACCACUACCUCAGUAUCAUCAUCCUUCUCCAAACUCACAGAAGGAGACACCAAGGCCUUGUGUGCUGACAUGAAGGAUUUUGCCCAUGACUAUGUUAACUACGGCAACAUGGCUAAACAGCUCAUCCCUGAGACAAACACAGUUCAGCACUGGUCCAAGAUCAUCGAAACUAAGAACCACCUAGAGGAUAUGAGGAAGUGUUUCAAAGACCCAGUCAACAGCGGUGCGUUUGACAAUGUCACUCAUGGCCUAGGCCUGGGAGUGUUGGAUGUUGCUCUGGAUAUGAUCACCACAGUGAUCGACCGGCAGAUCCGCAUCCUCUCUGGUGCUGCGGCCACCGAUCCGGCUGACUCUGGACCGAUACGACGCAUCCGCCGGCGCAACCGCAAGUCCCGCCCUACUGAUGGACAAGGGAAGGUCCUGUCAAAGGCCAAGGGCCGGGGCAGAGGCAAGAAAAAGAUAUGGCCUGAUACUGGAGCUGCUAGUCAUGUGGAAAACCAAACAGAGCCAUCCAAGCCGGAGGAUGUGGAGAGCAGCGUCCUGACCCUUGUCUCUGUCGGGUAUGAGACCAUCUCCAGUGGCCUCAACACAUCUGACACUUGCUGAGUUUUUUAAAGAACCUUGACCUCAUAGGGUGGCUGGGAUAGCUUCAAUUCAUGACAUUACACAAUUGAUGAGAAUAGACAUCGUCCAGGUAUGGCCUAACAAAUCAAGGUGGUCGGAAAGCUUUUUAAAUGUUGUGCUGACCGAGUCAAAUUCAAGAGGAUGACUCGGGGAUGGGAUGCAGCAUCUACAAGACUCGUGCUGGGUUAUCCAGCAGCAAGGGUGAACUACUGUAUGUGGGAGAUCAGGAUUCAUGUGAGCUCAACAGCAACUUAUGAUGCCUGGAAUCUACUUUCAGUGAAGGCACAGCUUUUGUUUUAUUGUGUUUUUUUUUCUUUGUUUUUUUUUUCUUUGUCAACAAAUCCAAUUGGUCGGGUUUUUUUAAUCUUCCCACAUGUGUCGAAGACAGACAACAGCUUCUACCAACACUUUGAGAAUCCUUAUAAUGUUGAACAUUUAGGAAACGGGUCAUUGGACUUGUACAUCCCAAAAUAUAGAGGGAUGAGCUACUCAUGUUUUUUAAAAUAAUCGUGAAUAUCUGGGUUAUUUUUCAGUUAGCGGUACACCUGCUAUGACUUGUUGUGUUUAAUGUUUAGAUUUUUAGUUGAGCUGUUUGACUAUCAUGCUGUAUUACAGUAUGGAAAUUAAUUUUCUGUUGAUACUGAGGCCUGAGUAGCUGGCAAUAUAUAAAAGUCUAAUUCUCAUGUAUUGCAUGUAUUUCUUCAUCUAUUUGUAGAUAUUUCACUCGGUGAGCUCACCAUCCAUUUAUCACUUGGUGGGUAAAAGCAGAGCAGCCUCAUGAAAUUCAAUCUUGAUUCAGGACAGAAUAGGUCUUCUUUAAUCACAUGGUAGCUUCAUUUGUCCAGUGCACUGAAAGCUAAGCUACGCUUCUUGCACAAUGUUCUCAUUAACCCCAACUACCUAAAACCCAUUGGUUGAUUAGAGAGAAAUCUUGAUGCAAAGGAAUUUAAAUGUAUUUGAUAACCACAAGAAUCUUUUGGAGUUGCAAUCCGCUUAUUGAAAAUGUGGCUUUAAUUUUAUGGAACCACUAACAUUUCACAUAUUGUGAAAUCGUUUUGCUGUUGGGAAUGAUGGGUGGUGGUGUAGUGGCCCGUAUUCAUAUUGGCUAGUUACAGUCGGCACAUAUCAUGUUAAACACAGAUGUGUAACCGUGCAAGAGUCAAAGAACAAGAAAAGUGUUAAGUAUUGAAAGAUAAAUGCUCGCUCAUUGGGAUUGGUGCAUUCCAUUUAACCCUGAUCGUGGAGCUGAUUAAUGGAAGUUCACGGUCAACACCGACACCUGGGUCAAAAACAGAUGCUCAUCUGAACCUGUUGUUUUUUGACAGGGAUAUUCUAGAAGCUGAAAGACAUCGUGGGGGAUUUUCAGUCAAGGGCUAAUU